AUGGGUAACUGCCAGAACCAUCUCGGACUGAUUCUUGGUGUGGUUUUCGGUACGAUAGCUGUGGUGGCUGUGGUCGUCGGAUACAUCUUGAAUCGUCGGUGGACUGUCCGUAUCGUGAAUUCCAAUACUCUCGUUGAAAAGAAGGAUGGUGUGAUAGAAAAAUGUCUACGAAUGGGUAACUGCCAGAACCAUCUCGGACUGAUUCUUGGUGUGGUUUUCGGUACGAUAGCUGUGGUGGCUGUGGUCGUCGGAUACAUCUUGAAUCGUCGGCAUCGUCUUAACAUCUAUCGUAUGCAUUGGAGAGUUACCAAAGACCAACUGAAGAUCAUUGAAAACAAGCAGGCAAAUUUCAAAGGAUCGAAAGCUGGUGAUGGGAUUUCUGGUAAACGACGUACUGUGGCCUCGUAUGCAUUACUUGGAAGUAAUAAAGCAGAAUUUAUCGCUCUGAAGCACAUGAAGAAGAUCAAAUGGACCAAGUUAGCAAAUUUCAAAGGAUCGAAAGCUGGUGAUGGGAUUUCUGGUAAACGACGUACUGUGGCCUCGUAUGCAUUACUUGGAAGUAAUAAAGCAGAAUUUAUCGCUCUGAAGCACAUGAAGAAGAUCAAAUGGACCAAACCGGAACUAAAAUUCUUGUACGAGAUGCGACAACUGAAUCAUGACAACCUUUCUACCUUUCUGGGAAUUUGUGCCAAUGAGCUCGAAAAUUUUUAUAUUCUCUACGCCUUAAUCGAUCGCGCAUCACUCGAGGACUUUAUAAAGGAUCCAGACUUUCCUAUCGAUGAUUUAUUCAGGUCGGCGUUCUUGAGGGAUAUACUCAAGGGUCUACAGUAUAUCCACAAGUCGCCAAUACGCUAUCACGGUCUGUUGUUGACGAAAAACUGCCUUGUAGAUUCUAACUGGGUACUGAAGCUAACACAUUUUGGAGUGGCCAGUAUGCUACAUGAACUCGUGACUGACAAGGUGUUGCAGUGCUUGCCAGAAUAUCACCUCAAUCCAGAUUGUAAGUUACAACAUUAUCAGCAAGUGCAAUGGCUUACAAUAUUGUCAGCAAGUCAGUCAUUGGACAAGGGGUAUACGAGCAUUGAGGGGAAUGGGCUCUUUUAUACCCUUUAG